UAAAAAAAUCCACAGAAGAAGAACAACGAAUCCGUUGAUUUGAAAUCUUACUACGCUCCAGUAUUUUGACAGCUGUGAAUCGUCGCAUCUCGCUAAGUUAUCUUAUAGCGACAAGUUACAUUAGCUAGUUGUAUUGGCACUUCCCCACAAUGGAAGAAGCAGGAUACACAAGCCAUGGCUUCGGCUACUUCAGGUUCUAUUCCCUUCUUCCACAAUGAUUUUUGAGGAUGAGAUACAAAUGAACGAAUACGUCAAGAUGAUGACUGAUAUGAUCGUGUUGUGUGCCACCUUGGCCAUCUCUCUCUCCUUCUGGAUCAUUUCCAUCACAGCCAGCACAUACUAUGGCACUCUCCAGCCGGUGUCCCCGUGGCGAUGGUUGUUCUCCAUUCUGGUUCCUCUGAUGCUCACCACACGGGCCCUGAAGAGGAGGAGUCUGGACCACAGCGGAGCCCUGGGAGCCCUGCUGGUCGGCUUCAUCCUCACCAUGGCCAACAUGAGCUUCUUCUCCGCCCUGCUGGCUUUCUUCAUCACUUCCUCCAAGCUGACGCGCUGGAAACAAGAAGUCAAGAAGAAGCUGGACUCUGAAUAUAAAGAAGGUGGUCAGAGGAACUGGGUGCAGGUGUUCUGUAACGGUGGUGUCCCCACAGAGCUGGCCCUGCUCUAUAUGAUCGAGGUGGGUCCUGGGGAGAUGCCGGUGGACUUUGGGAAGCAGUACUCGGCCUCCUGGAUGUGCCUGUCUCUGCUGGGGGCCUUGGCCUGCUCUACGGGGGACACCUGGGCAUCAGAGGUGGGGCCCGUCCUCAGCCAGACCAAGCCCAGGCUCAUCACCUCCUGGAGAGAGGUUCCUACAGGCACCAAUGGAGGAGUGACCCCAGUGGGUCUACUGGCUAGCUUCCUGGGGGGCCUGGCAGUGGGCGUGGCUUACUAUAUCUCUCAAAUCCUAUUGGUCCGUGACCUGCACCUGGCUGAUCCCCAGUGGCCAAUCAUAGUCUAUGGAGCCAUGGCUGGCCUAGUGGGGUCCAUGCUGGACUCUGUCCUGGGAGCACACUGGCAGUACUCAGGUUAUGAUGCCAGCGUUGGAAAGGUUGUGAACUAUGAGUCUGUGACAACGAAGCGGAUAUGUGGGAAGCCUAUCCUGGACAACAAUGGCGUUAACCUCUUCUCUUCCAUCAUAGUAGCUUUGGUUCUUCCCGGUGUUGCAUGGGGCUUCUGGCCUCACUAGGGAAGGAGCUCUUUACACUUCCCUGAUUUGUGUUUUCAAAUGUUGGAGCAAAUGUUUGUUUUGUCAAAAUUUGGAGCAAAUGUUUUGCUUGUUGUAUUGAAGCCAUGCCACUACCACAAUAUACAAUGUUUUAUACUUGACCUAGUAUGGUCUAGCUUGUUGUCUAAGGAAAUGUUUUAUACUUGACCUAGUAUGGUCUAGCUUGUUGUCUAAGGAAAUGGAGUUACCAUGCUACAAAUAACCUCAACUCUGAUUGUGUGUCUUUUUGGUAAUACAUUUGUUGAUCUUAGUUUAAUCAUCUAGAUUUAUAUUGUUUCCUGAAAUGCAUUAAGUGCAUGGACUUUAUAGGAGAGCAGUGUUGAUUUUCAUUAUCUAGAUUUGAAUUUAUAUUGUUUCCUGAAAUGCAUUAAGUGUAUGGACUUUAUAGGA